GGGCGGUCGGACUCGGGUCGCACUGAAGUUCUGAACACUCAGUUGUCAAUCAUCUCUAUUUUCACAUUCUUUCGAUACUGCAUUCAUGAAACUCACUGGCUUGAGAUCUCAUCUAUCUUAUGAAUGGUUUGGCGUCUCGGCUCCCUUCGACCCAACUUGUAGGCUUGUGACAUCCCCAUUCUUUUCUCCUCUGAGUCUCGGCGCACUUCGUCUGCUGUUUGCUGUUUAUUCGCUCGUUACAACAAUCACCGUUCUCAUUUUUGAGUCUGUUCGUUUCCACGACGUUCAUAGUUUUUUUUCUUACUUCACCGAUCUCAGUUACAUCGGCCUUGUCGCAUACUUCUGGGCAUCCAGCGUUCAAACUAUUGUAUUUGUUUUGUCGGGACAGAAGGCAUACCCUUUGCAAAAGUGGCCGCGGAUCCUGCAGUUCCUGCAUGUCCUCCUGUACACCACCAUCACCAUAUUUCCAAUCAUCGUGACUGUUGUGUUUUGGUCUCUACUUGCUUCUCCAUCGACUUUUAGCACCCGGUACUCAGCUUGGUCCAAUGUAUCCCAACAUGCGAUGAAUUGUAGCUUCAUUCUGUUUGAGAUACUCCUAACGAAUGCGGGUCCUAGUCCAUGGAGCCACAUCAUACCAUGUUUCGUCCUUUUUGCGUGUUACCUCGGUGUUGCGUAUAUAACAUAUGCAACGCAAGGAUUCUACACUUACAGUUUCCUUGAUCCAUCUGUAGAGCACGGACGGUUAGCUGCUUACAUCAUCGGCAUGGGUAUUGGUUACUGCAUUCUCUUCACGAUCGUGAAGGGUGUCUGUACACUGCGGUGCCGUUUGGUCUCGCCUUCCCCUUUGGACCCCUCUGAACGAGUACAAUCCGAAGCUAUAGACGAGUGGGAGCACAUUGAUGUCGAACAGCCGAAGGAGUCAACUGGAUCUGAUGCUUAAGUAUUUAUUCUCCCUUUGUUUAUUGUUAUCUUCAUGGAUUGGACUGAAUUGGCUGCUGGUAGUGGACUUUUUCUGGAACAUUAUGUUCGUCCUUGUACUACAAUGUUGGUUAUGUAUUAUUAUGCGAUCGGUUUCUUCCCCAUGGGGUUGGCUUUCGCACACUGAUGUCUCGUUGUCCCUUCGGGAACA